AUGGUGGAGCCAGAUACACAGUUUGGCAGGGUGCCUGGCCUCAUCUUAAGGUACGCAGCCCAGGAGAAGCAACGCGAACAGGACGUCAAGAAGCUCGAGGAAAACAUCCGAGCGGCUACAGAGAAUGGGCAAGAAGCGGCGAAGCAAGUGCAGGAGUUGGCCAUGAGUGGCACCGCCACCGUACUAUGCCUGCUCACCAGUUCGAACAGAGGACACAAAGAUCCCAGCCAGAGCAGCAUGGAUGCGGCCCAGAUACUCUUUGUCGGUGCUGGCGGAGAUCUGGAAGCCAAGCGGGAUGCCAGAAGGGCAAAACACCCACAAGGCAAAGCUUUGAACCUCGUCUGCUUGACAACGGAGGGAGCGCUGAACACCACCAGGAAAGACGGUGCCCUGAGGACGGGAGGCGAUGGCUAUCAUGGACCAGGACCUGGUUUGGGACAACAGGAGCUGUCACCGGAUGGAGACGCAGAGAUCAAGGUUCUGGAUAGAUUUCAGAUGAAUGCGGUAGGCAGAUCGCUGGAGAAUGAUUUCGUGGCCCCGAGCUUCAGGACAGACUAG